AUGGAUCCGAUGACCCGGAGGUACACAUGGCCAGAUUUGAAAACCAUGAUCACGCUACAUCAGUACACAGAGGGGAUUAAGUGUAGAAUCUUCUCUAUUACGUUAACCGGAAUAGCUCAGCAGUGGUUCCGGGCUCUGGAGCCUGAUUCUGUUCAUUCUUUUAAACAACUACAUGAUACGUUCAUGUGGCAGUUUGCGAGCUCUAAGUGCGCUGCCAUGACUGCCAUGUCAUUGAUGGAUUUAAAACAAGAACCUACCGAGACUCUGAAGGAAUUUGCUGCCCGUUUUACCAAAGCAUCUUUGGAGGUGCUCAAAGCUGAAUCUCAGAUUAAGGGCUAUGCUUUUGUACGCAGGCUAAGACCUGGAGCUUUCUUUGAUAAUUUACAAGUAAAACAACCGAGGGACUUUGAUGAUAUUCUAGCCCUCGGGGUACAUACAACUGGAGGAAGCUAG